UACGCGGUGACGUUCUCAGGGUGUACGUGGUGACGCAGUCAGGGGCGGAGCCGGUCAAUGGCGGGUCUGGACCAGGAACAUCUGUUCAAGCUGAUGAUCAUCGGGGACACACAGAGUAGCUACAUCACGACUAUCGGAGUGAAUUACAAGAUUCGGACGGUCGUUAAUGGGGAGAAUGUGAAGCUGCAGAUCUGGGAAACCGCUAGGCAAGAACAAUUCCGUACAAUCACGUCUACCAGGAUUUAGGAGCUGUUGUUGUGGACGGAGAGACGGGAGCAUGAGUGACCAUUGAGGGCGGCCAGGGUGCCGGUGAGCCCAUUCCAUCUGCACGGUGUGUGGGCUGAGCUUCGAGGGGCUGAGCUUCGAUGGAGGACCACAUUGCGGGGCACAACAAGGAGAAGCGUUAUCAGUGUGAUGUGUGUGGCAAGGCCUGGCAGAGCCCGAGACAGCUGGAGAUCCACCGGCGGGUGCACAUGGGAGAAUGCACCUUCGACUGCUCGGAGUGCGGAAAGAACUUUGCCAGCUACGACAGCCUGCUGGAGCACAACCGCGUGCACUCCGACAAGAAGUCGUUCGCCUGCUCUGACUGCGGCAAGAGCUUCAAGACGGCACAGGAGCUGAAGAUCCACUGGCGUGUUCACACGGGCGAGAAGCCCUUUGGCUGCUCCACCUGUGGAAUGUGUUUUGCCCGGUUGUCGGGGCUGCGGAUGCACCAGCGGGUACACAGUAACGAACGGCCCUUCACCUGCUCUGACUGUGGCAAAGGCUUCAAGUCAUCCCGGGAACUGAAGGGACACUGGCGCCUGCACACCGGGGAGCGGCCCUACACCUGCAGCGACUGCGGCAAGAGCUUCACCCACUCCCACACCCUGGUGGUGCACAGGCGCCUACACACCGGCGAGCGGCCCUACACCUGCACCCAGUGCGGCAAAGGCUUCACCUGCUCCACUCGGCUGCUGUCCCAUCAGCGCACCCACACCGGCGAGCGCCCCUACAUCUGCAGCCAGUGCAGCAAGGGCUUCACCCACUCCAUCUCUCUCCUGGUGCACCAGCGCACCCACACCGGCGAGCACCCUUUCACUUGCGCCCAGUGCGGCAAGGGCUUCACCUGCUCCAAUCGGCUGCUGUCCCACCAGCGCACCCACACCGGGGAGCGCCCCUUCACCUGCGCUCAGUGCGGCGAGGGCUUCACCUGCUACACUCGGCUGCUGUCCCAUCAGCGGGUGCACACGGGCGAGAAGCCCUAUGGCUGCUCUGUGUGUGGCAAGGACUUCAAGACGGCGCAUCGACUGAAGAUUCACCAGCGGGUGCACACGGGCGAGAAGCCCUAUAGCUGCUCCACCUGUGGCAAGAGCUUUGCCCAGUCGUCGGGGCUGCGGGUGCACCAGCGGGUACACAGUAACGAAAGGCCCUUCACCUGCUCCAAUUGCGGCAAAGGCUUCAAGUCGUCCACUGAACUGAAGGGGCACUGGCGCCUGCACACCGGGGAGCGGCCCUACACCUGCAGCGACUGCGGCAAGAGCUUCACCCACUCCCACACCCUGCUGGUGCACAGGCGCCAACACACCGGCGAGCGGCCCUACACCUGCACCCAGUGCGGCAAGGGUUUCACCUGCUCCACUCGGCUGCUGGCCCACCAGCGGGUGCACUCUGGCGAGAAGACCUUGAGCUGCUCCGAGUGUGGCAAGAACGUCAAGACGAAGAAUGAGCUGAAGAUUCACCAGCGGGUGCACACGGGCGAGAAGCCCUAUAGCUGCUCCACCUGCAGCAAGAGCUUCAAGACGAAGUAUCUGCUGAAGAUUCACCAGCGGGUGCACACGGGCGAGAAGCCCUAUAGCUGCUCCACCUGCGGCAAGAGCUUCAAGACGAAGUAUCUGCUGAAGAUCCACCGGCGAGUGCACACGGGCGAGAAGCCCUAUGGCUGCUCCACCUGUGGAAUGAGGUUUGCCCAGUCAUCGGGGCUGCGGGUGCACCAGCGGGUACACAGUAACGAACGGCCCUUCACCUGCUCCGACUGCGGCAAAGGCUUCAAGUCGUCCCGGGAACUGAUGAUGCACAGGCGCCUGCACACCGGGGAGCGGCCCUACACCUGCAGCGACUGCGGCAAGGGCUUCACCCACUCCCACACCCUGGUGGUGCAUAGGCGCCUACACACCGGCGAGCGGCCCUUCACCUGCACCCAGUGUGGGAGGGGCUUCACCCGCUCUUCCAGGCUGCUGUCCCACCAGCGCACCCACACCGGCGAGCGACCCUACACCUGCACCCGGUGCAGCAAGGGCUUCACCCGCUCCAUCUCUCUCCUGGUGCACCAGCGCACCCACACCGGGGAGCGCCCCUUCACUUGCUCACAGUGCGGCAAGGGCUUCACCUGCUCCACUCGGCUGCUAUCCCAUCAGCGGGUGCACUCUGGCGAGAAGACCUUUGGCUGUUCCGACUGUGGCAAGAGCUUCAAGACGGCGCAUGGGCUGAAGAUUCACCAGCGGGUGCACACGGGCGAGAAGCCCUAUAGCUGCUCCACCUGCAGCAAGAGCUUCAAGAGGAAGUAUCUGCUGAAGAUCCACCGGCGAGUGCACACGGGCGAGAAGCCCUAUGGCUGCUCCACCUGUGGAAUGAGUUUUGCCCAGUCGUCGGGGCUGCAGGUGCACCAGCGGGUACACAGCAACGAACGGCCCUUCACCUGCUCCAACUGCGGCAAAGGCUUCAAGUCGUCCCGGGAACUGAAGGGGCACUGGCGCAUGCACACCGGGGAGCGGCCCUACACCUGCAGUGACUGCGGCAAGAGCUUCACCCACUCCCACACCCUGCUGGUGCACAGGCGCCUACACACUGGAGAGCGCCCCUACACCUGCGCCCAAUGCGGCAAGGGCUUCACCCGCUCCUCCAGGCUGCUGUCCCACCAGCGGGUGCACGCCAGCGACCGUCCCGCCCCAUUUAACCAUAUAACCAUGUAACAAUUCCAGCACGGAUACAGGCCAUCUCGGCCCUUCUAGUCCGUGCCGAACACGUAUUCUCCUCUAGUCCCAUAUACCUGUGCUCAGACCAUAACCCUCCAUUCCUUUCCCGUCCAUAUAACUAUCCAAUUUAUUUUUAAAUGAUAAAAAUAAACCUGCCUCCACCACCUUCACUGGAAACUCAUUCCACACAGCCACCACUCUCUGAGUAAAUAAGUUCCCCCUCACGUUACCCCUAAACUUCUGUCCCUUAAUUCUCAAGUCAUGUCCCCUUGUUUGAAUCUUCCCUACUCUCAGUGGGAAAAGCUUAUCCACGUCAACUCUGUCUAUCCCUCUCAUCAUUUUAAAGACCUCUAUCAAGUCCCCCCUUAACCUUCUGCGCUCCAAAGAAUAAAGCCUUAACUUUUUCAACCUUUCUCUGUAACUUAGUUGCUGAAAACCAGGCAACAUUCUAGUAAAUCUCCUCUAUUUUGUUGGCAUCAUUCCUAUAACUAGGCGACCAAAAUUGUACACCAUACUUCAGAAUUGGCCUCACCAAUGCCUUGUACAAUUUUAACAUUACAUCCCAGCUUCUAUACUCAAUGCUCUGAUUUAUAAAGGCCAGCACACCAAAAGCUUUCUUUACCACCCUAUCUACAUGAGAUUCCACUUUCAGGGAACUGUGCACAGUUAUUCCCAGAUCCCUCUGUUCACCUGCAUUCUUCAAUUCCCUACCAUUUACCAUGUACGUCCUAUUUUGAUUUGUCCUGCCAAGAUGUAGCACCUCGCACUUAUCAGCAUUAAACUCCAUCUGCCAUCUUUCAGCCCACUCUUCCAACUGGCAUAAAUCUCUCUGUAAACUUUGAAAAUCUACUUCAUUAUCCACAACCCCACCUAUCUUAGUAUCUGCAUACUUACUAAUCCAAUUUACCACACCUUCAUCCAGAUCAUUGAUGUACAUGACAAACAGUGGACCCAACACAGAUCCCUGUGGCACCCCACUAGUCACUGGCCUCCAACCUGACAAACAACCAUCCACCAUUACUCUCUGGCAUCUCCCAUUCAACCACUGUGAAUCCAUCUUGCUACUCCACCAUUAAUACCCAACCUUUGAACCUUCUUAACCAACCUUCCCUGAGGAACCUUGUCAAAGGCCUUACUGAAGUCCAUAUAUACAACAUCCACUGCUUUACCCUCAUCAAUUUCCCGAGUAACCUCUUCAAAAAAUUCGAGAAGAUUAGUCAAACAUGACCUUCCAGGCAUGACCUCCAUGUUGACUGUUCCUAAUCAGACCCUGUUUAUCCAGAUGCUUAUAUAUAUUAUCUCUAAGUAUCCUUUCCAUUAAUUUGCCCACCACUGACGUCAAACUAUCAGGUCUAUAAUUGCUAGGUUUACUCUUAGACCCCUUUUUAAACAAUGGAACAACAUGCGCAGUACGCCAAUCCUCCGGUACUAUUCCCGUUUCUAAUGACAUUUAAAAUAUUUCUGUCAUAGCCCCUGCUAUUUCUACACUAACUUGCCAACGCAACCUCAUAUCUUCUUUUAGCUUUUCUAAUUUAUUUCUUAAGAUUCUUUUUACAUUCUUUAUACUCCUCAAGCACCUCAUUUACUCCAUGCUGCCUAUAAUUAUUGUAGAUCUCUCUCUUUUUCUGAACCAAGUGUCCAAUUUCCCUUGAAAACCAUGGCUCUUUCCAAUUUUUACUCUUUCCUUUCAACUGAACAGGGACAUAAAGAUUCUGUACUCUUAAAAUGUCAUUUAAAUGUCCUCCAUUUCUCUUCCACAUCUUUCCCAUAAAACAAACUGUCCCAAUUUACCCCUUUUAAAUCCUUUCGCAUCUCCUCAAAGUUAGCCUUUCUCCAAUCAAAAAUCUCAACCCUAGGUCCAGUUCUGACCCUCUACAUAAUUAUAUUGAAACUAAUGGUAUUGUGAUCACUGGUCCUGAACUGUUCCCCAACGCAUUCCUCUGCCACCUGACCCGUCUCAUUUCCUAACAGGAGGUCCAGCACUGCCCCUUCUCUAGUAGGUACUUCUGUGUAUUGCUGCAAAAAAACUAUCCUGCACACAUUUAACAAACUCCAAACCAUCCAGCCCAUUUACAGAAUGUGUUUCCCAGUCUAUGUGGAAAAUUGAAAUCUCCCACAAUCACUACCUUCUGCUUACUCCUAAUAUCUGCAAUCUCCUUAAUUAUUUUCUCUUCCAAUUCUCGCUCCCCAUUUGGCGGUCUAUAAUACACACCUAUAAGUAUUGCUACCCCUUUCCCAUUUCUCAGUUCCACCCAAAUAGCUUCCCUAGACGAGCCCUCUAAUCUAUCCUACCAAAGCACUGCUGUAAUAUCUCCCCUGAUAAGCAAUGCAACACCUCCACCUCGUCCCCAGCCCAGUCUGUGGACAGCGCUUUACCAUGGCCUCCCACACCCUGUCUCUGGGUGAAACCUUUUUCUCCCCAUCUCAAUACUAAUUGGCCAACCCCUUAUUUUUAAACUGUGGCUUCUGGUUCGGGUCCUCGACUGCAAACCUACCUGUAGUGGCCGAGUGGCCGAGCCCAUUCACCGACCAUUCUUCUGGGUGCAGCUUAAGAACCUGCCGGGGAAAGAACCUGCCGGACGCCAAGGCUUGCUCCCUUUCCUCACCUCCGCUCUUUCCCCAGUCGCUCCUCCCACCCCUCUCUCACCUGAUUCCCCUCCUGCCCUUCCCCUCCCACCGUAGCUCACCUCCUGCCCCUCCCUCUCUCCCUCUCUUCCCCUCUCACCCCUCUCUCACCUCCCGCCCCCCCACUCCCCUCCCGCCCCUCCCUCUCUUCCCCUCUCCUGCCGUCCCGACCCUCCCUCAGCUCCCACCCCCCUCACCCAUGCCGACCCUCUUUCCCCUCUCACCCAUUCCUCACCUCCCGCCCCUCA